GUAAUAUGUAAAAUAUUCUUUGAACAAAAAUAUGCAUAUAUCUCCAUAUAUAGUUUUCAGUCUAAUCCAGUCAGUGCUCAGCUUCUGACUAGUGAUAUUAUUGUGUAGGAUUAGACAAAGUAGUGCAAAUACGUGUUCAUUAUUUCACACGCAAAUGUACUGCUGUCUGCUGUAUGGAUGUGACAUGUGACACAAUCUCAAAUGUCUUCUCCUAAAACCACUGAAUAUUCUGGCAAUUAUCAACGUUUUAAUGAUGAUGUAAAUAUAUCACUCGAACAAAACAUUUCGCAUCGAUCAUGUCAAAAAUAUGGAUCUAUGCUAUCAUGUUCUUCUGCAGAAAAUCAUAUAAAUUCCCCUACUGAAAAUAUAAGAACAACUGAUCAGUUUAUCCAUAAAUUUGAAACAGAUGAUGUGCAUAGAGAAAACAUGUCUGAAAAUAUAGUACUUCCAUCGCAUGAUUCACUCACAGAUCAUGAUUUACAUUGGGAAAUGAAUUAUCACGAGGCUGCAAUAUUUUUAGAGGAAGGCAGAAAUAAUGAAAAAUUUGACUCUCAUCCAAAACAUCCAGAAGAUUUACCAGCAUAUCUCUUAGUUCAUAAUAAUUGGUAUUAUGGGUUAGACUUAUUAACAUCUCUUAUACUUUUGGCUUUGGCUCUUGUGGAAGAACCAGCUGUCCCAUUGUUUGGUAUUCCAGUAUGGGCACAUGGAUCUAUAGAACUUUUUGCUUUAAUAAUUAUAGGCAUAGAAUUAGCUUUGAAAUUGAGAUGGAUUGGCUGGUCAACUAUGUUAAAACACAAACGAACAAUGUUAAAGUGUAUCACAUUGGUCAUCAUGUUUUUGGAAGCAAUGACAGUAUUAGUACGACAGUCAUCGCAUUUUCGUGUAACACGUGCUCUACGGCCUAUUUUUUUAGUAGAUACUAAAUGUUUUGGAGGUGUUCGAAGAUUUAUCAGACAAAUAUUAUUAACAUUGCCUCCAAUUUUAGAUAUGUUAGGUUUGCUUUUAUUUUUCAUUACACUUUACACAGUAUUGGGCUACUAUAUGUUUUCUGAAAUGAAUCGAAAUUUUUCUACAUUGCAAGAUAGUUUUGUGAGUCUAUUUGUCCUUCUUACUACUGCUAAUUUUCCAGACGUGAUGAUGCCAUCAUAUUCAAAAAAUAAAUGGUAUGCAAUAUAUUUUGUAUCUUACUUGUCUACGAUGUUGUACGUAAUGAUGAAUUUAAUGUUGGCGGUAGUUAAUGAAACAUUUACAGCAGCUGAACGUGAUAAAUUUAAAAAGUUGUUUUUACAUAAAAGAAAAGCAUGCCAACAUGCUUUUAAACUACUAGUUUCGAAACAAAAUCCAGAUAAAAUGCGUUUUCGACAAUUUGAAGGAUUAAUACGAUACUACACUCCAAAUAAAAGCAUACGAGAUACUGUUUUAAUGUUUCAACAUUUAAAUGCUUCUGGAAGUGGAGUUCUAAAUGUUGAAGAGUUUUUAAAUAUUUAUGACACUAUUAUUCUUCAGUGGGAAGUACAAUACUCUACUGUGCCUUGGUAUCACAGUACAUCGCAACCUUUGCAGAUUCUCUGCACAGGAGCACAUGCUGCUAUUAGAUGGCCAUAUUUUGAAACUUUAAUGUAUAUAACAAUUAUUGCAAAUGGUAUUGCGAUGAUAAUAAGGAUAUUAGAGCCAGGUAAUAAUCUUCAUAGUACACUUUUAUUUGCUGCAUCUUGGGAUACUUUUCUCUUUGGGGGAAUAUUUGUUGCUGAAGCAUUAAUAAAAGUAUUGGGACUUGGUACAAGAAGAUACCUCAGUUCUGGAUGGAAUUUAUUUGAUUUAGGCACAUCUAUAAUGACACUUGUUGCUGCUUGUAUUUUAUGCAUCUUUCCUACAGCAACAUUCUUUGUUCUAUUCAGACCACUUCGACUAUUGAGACUGUUUAAAAUGAAAAAGAGAUAUCGAGACGUUUUCGGCACGCUUGUAAUUUUAACUCCUUUGAUGUCUUCUACUGCAGUAGUAAUGCUUGUUUUAUACUAUUUCUUUGCUAUUAUUGGAAUGGAAUUAUUUGCGGGAUAUAAUAUGCGAAAUUGUUGCAAGAAUACGACAGUUGAAGAUUUUUACAAAUAUUCUGCCAAUGAAAGUACCGCACUAGGAUAUUAUUAUCUUAAUACUUUUGAUAAUCUCAUAGCUAGUGGUAUGACUCUUUUUGAGUUAACGGUUGUUAAUAAUUGGUUCAUUCUAAUGAACGCAUAUGCAUUUACUGUUGGAAUGUAUACACGAAUAUAUUUUAUGAUAUUUUAUUUGGUGACAAUGAUUGUUUUAACCAUUGUGGUGUCCAGUUUUUUGGAAGCAUUUCGAUUUAGAAUUCAUUAUAAAAAAUCGACAUCUAAACGUGAUGAAGAAAAAAUGUUACAUGAAGAAGUAGAACUAAAAUGGGAUGAGUUGCAAUAUAUAGUAGAAGAUUUUCAACUUUUGGAAAAAUUGCGACCUUCGCUAAUAGUUGGUGGAACUACUGUUUUUAUUGGAUCACGACCGCGAACAAGAGAAGUUUUACAAAGAAAAAUGUAUACUAAUGAAAUUACUGAAUGGAUUGCAGAAGCAAAACGAGUAGAAAGACAAUUUUUAUCAAAUGUUACUCAUAAUUUAGAAGAAAAUUGUAGAGAAGAUACAAUUUCUGAGUCAGAUCAUAUUGGAUUAACAGACAAUGUGCGACCAACUCAUCAUAACACAUCAAAUGUUGUAUAAUUGUAAUAAUAAAUCAAACUUGUGUUUAAUAAUUUUCAUAAUACAUCUAUUUACAAUAUGUUAACGGUAAAGAGUAAUUAUUUACAAAG